GUAGAGUUGCCCGCAGAAUUGCGAUGGCCGAUGUCUUUCGAUUUACUAAUACUCUCUUAUUAUUGCUACCAACAUCAUGGAUAGCCCCGAUUGUCUUUUCCGUUCUGCAUAUGGGUCAGGCAAAACUGGCAUUCUUGCAUUGAUAGCACUUUGCAUUGUCAAGAUUAGCAAAGAAUUCACUAGUUCCCACAAAAGCUCCUUUGAAAAUCCCUAUGUAAUAACCCUAUCAUCUUUGUUGUUUGUCCAACUGAUGCUCUUGAGAUGGACUUGGUGUGUACUAAAUCAAUGCUUCGGUCAAAUGGUGUAUUCGGGCACAAACUCAAACGAAGGAAGUUGUAGGAGGUUGAAAGAUAUCAUUAUGAUGGUCAGUUCUAUUAGAUUGUGACGAUAAAGGGGGAGACGGAGAUGAAAAAUUAGGGUGGGUAAGGAUUAAGUUUUGGAGUCUGGGGAGCAGAAUCCAUAGUAAGAAGUCGAGAACAGCAAUAACUCCACGUAUUCACCUAAACCUUGCUCAAAUUGUUGAAGCGAUGAAAACGACGCCUUCGUUGAUUAGUCAACUGGCUCAAGCGCUCAGGGUCAGGUCAUGUGAAUCGUCCUA